GCCCGUGUGGCACUUGUUUUCUUCGGUGUCCUGAAGUUGGUCGGUUCCUCCUGUGUGGAGACGGGGACGGCCUACAAGGACCCGUUCCUCCCAGCGCCCGGCCUCUUCGUUGCAGCUUGGGAAGAUUGCCAGACCAAGUGCAAGCAGGAUCCAUUGUGCAAGACCUUCACCUUCAAGAAGGACACCCUGCCAGCUGGCGGGUGCUGGUUGAUUUCUACAAAGGCUCAAAAGGAAGCCGACUCUGAGGCGGUGAGUGGACCAAAAGAAUGUCCACAAGCGACUGUCGUAACUGACCACAUUCUUUCUCCGGAAGUGCCAGAGAUCGAGGGAAAGAGCCUUGUUGCGCCGGCAGCCGCUGGCAACAACCAGCUCUAUGCCAUCGUUGGCGGCAGCUUGGGUGCUGCUCUCCUGGCUGCUGGCGGCUUUUACUUCAUGGGUGGUGCUCCUCCGGCUGCGAAGAAGAAGCGAGGCCUUCCCGCGCCUGGGGAGCCAAAGAAGGCUUGGCAGCUUUAUGCAAAAAUGGCCAAUCCGGACGCCACCUUCGACCUGGAAACUGGCGACGGGGCGCCCCCCGCCAUGCCCCCCGUCGUGGAAGCGCCUUACUAUGGCGCAGGCCUCCAACUGGGCGCGCCGCCCGUUGUAUACUAUUCUUCGCAGCCACAACCGGCAAGCUAUAUGGCUCUGCCCACAGAGCCUGUCGCGCCCUUGUGCCUUGGAGAACGAACUUUAGCAUUCUUCUUGAGACGCUCGUCGAUUUGAAGGAUGGUUGUGGCAACCGAUUGAUGGAAGUCAGAGAUAGGGGAAGGUCCAAUCCAGGGUCCAGGGUGUUGUGCAGUUCCUCUUCACCUCAAUAUUGUUUCUUUCUAAAUCUGCUUCUGCUGAGCCUGCUGUGUGCUACCCAGUGGAUUUGAGCAUCCUUGGAGUGAGGUUCCACCAGACCCCUCGCACUGUGGUGGCGCACAGGGCCUAGCAUUCCGACAAACGUCGGACGCGCGCAAGCGCGUUGUGUGUACCUGGUUCAGGUACAUUACGUUUCACCAUCCGUGGAAGGCGGGAAGGCCCUGGAAAGACCUGGGACAAAUUGAAUCACUAGAGGCCUCAUGAUACGUUCUUCAUCACAUAUAUGACCACACCCUGCCCUCUACCUUUGCGAAGGCCUUGCAAAGCCCCGGCUGCAUCACUUGCCACCAGCGUAGAUGCCAAAGGGAAAGGCCUCUUGGACUGAAGCCUGGAAGGUCCCACAUAAAGCAGUGACCAUAGAUGAUGAAUUUGUGGGACUUUCUAGAGCUUCAUCGUAAGGAUCCACUGUAAGCUGUGGGCCAAUGGAUCUCGACUCCAAAGUGAGUUAGAUCCAAAGGAAGCUCACAAGCUUGAGGUGUCAGGAGGGAUGGUACUUUGUCUAACAGUUUCCAAAAAGCAUAACUUUGCUUAACUCUGGCUUGUUUGCCGCCAGCUGAAAGUUCGAUCCUCACAUGAAGCCUUCUGGGGAACCUCUCACGGGCUGCACGUCAAUGAACUUGACCUGCCUUCUGGACAAAAGUCCGAACUCAGUCGCGCAGCCACGAUAGGCGCUAGCCAAGCUGGUUGUACACCAGCAGCAGCCUUGUGGAUACUUAAAUAUAUUUAUAUAACUGGAGGACAUUAUAUGUUCAUUCCCAUUGCUGAGAUUCGCCGCAGCUUGAUGUUUAGAACAGCUCUCGUUCAAAGUAUGAACUUGAGCUGCUGUAAAGUUCAAAGGUGUGAAACUUUCAGACACUGUAAGCUUCACGCGUAUGAACUUUAACAGUGCGGCAACAUGCAAUGCUUCUGAUUGCACUGGCAUUCUUUUUGUCAAGCUAGCCAGCGGCUCCUGGGAGAAAGGGACGGCCUACAAAGGCUCAAAAGGAAGCCGAUGCUGAGGUUCCAACAAUGGUGACAAGGCGGGACAAUGAGAGACGGACCCUAGCAGGCCCUAGCUUGCAUGACCACCGAUGGCGAUGGAACGAGUCAUUUGUUGCAAGAUGUUGCAAGCGAUGCGAAGGAGGUUGUAGUGGCAGGCCUGAGAAUGCCAAGCCAGAAUUUCAGUGAUGUUUUGUGUGGCGAAAUGCCCUUUACGAUACAAGGGUCCAUCAUGAUUGUUCAUUGGACGGCUCCAAGGUGUCAGACUCACAUCCAAACUCAUCCUUUUUAUAUAUUCUAUUGUAUUUUUACAAUGUUUAUAUGUUUUUUUUUUUUUUUUUUUU